AUGGUGCAGCAGAUGCGAGAUUCCGAGGUCAAGGCUCAGAUCAGCCAGGAUGUCGCGAGCAGAGUGGCUGCCAAUGUCGAUGACUUCAUGACCCUCAUCCACGAAGCCAACGAAGCCAAUGAGCGCGAACGCGGCAUGAAGCUGCGGACUGCAUUUCGCGUAUACCCCAAAGCGAUAUUCUGGAGCAUUGUACUUUCGUCAGCCUUGAUCAUGGAAGGUUAUGAUACUGCCGUCGUUGGAUCUUUCAACGCGUACCCUUCCUUCCUGAAGGUGUUUGGCAUCAAGGCGCCCGACGGAACGCUCAACAUCCCUCCGUCCUGGCAGAACGGCAUCGGUGCUGCGACAAACUGCGGCGAAGUCAUUGGCCUUCAGAUCGCGGGCGUCAUGUCCGAACGCGUCGGCUACCGCUGGACGAUCAUCGCUGCGCUUGUCACAUUAAUUGGGUUCAUCUUCAUCCCUUUUUACGCGACGACGCUUACCGUCUUCCUUGUUGGAGAGCUUCUGCAGGGCAUCAGCUGGGGGGUCUUCCAGCUUGCCAACGCAUCAGUGAUCUCAGACAAUAACGACUGCCUACGCUGCCGAGAUCUGUCCAGUCCCUCUUCGGCACUAUCUUACGACCUACGUCAACCUGUCCUGGAUCAUUGGGCAGUUCAUUUCUGCGGAUACAAGAUCCCCUUCGCCAUUCAAUGGGUGUGGCCGAUCCCGAUCAUGGUUGGGACAUUCCUUGCCCCGGAGUCGCCCUGGUGGUGCGUUCGACGGGGAUAUCAUGACCGCGCGAGACGGUCUCUUCGACGCCUCGCUCGGAGAGUGGGAUUCGACAGGCAGGAUGAAGACCGCCUUAUGGCAUACAUGAUCUACACAAACGAAAUGGAAAAGCAAGUCGCUGCAGGCACGACCUACUGGGACUGCUUCAAAGGCACGGACCUACGUCGCACGGAGAUUGUCUGCAUGACGUGGAUCGCCCAGACACUCUCCGGGACCGUAGUCGGCGGGCUCUCUUCCUACUUCUAUGUGCGUGCAGGAAUCAGCACGCAGGAUGCCUACAGCCUUUCUUGGGGCCAGUCAGCAAUCAGUGCGGCUGGAACAAUCACGUCCUGGCUUGUCCUUAACAAAGUGGGCCGCAAGAAGCUGAUGUGCGGCGGCAUGGUCGUGAUGUUUAUUCUUCUGCUCGUCGCGGGCGGGAUGGGGAUCCCCUCUCAACCUUCAACAGCAACCUCCUGGACCGCAGGGACCAUGGUUCUCUUGCUGUCUGCCACAGCUGAUUUCUCCGUCGCGCCUGUAGUGUACACCAUCGUGUCAGAGAUUCCCUCGACGCGACUCCGGUCCAAGUCGAUCAUCCUGGCCCGGAACGCCUACAACAUCAUCAAUCUCGCCUUUGUGAAUAUCAUUUCUUACCGGCAAUUGAACGCGGCAGCAUGGAACUGGGGGCCCAAGGCAUGCUUCUUCUGGGCGGGCAUCAACUUGUUGAUGAAUAUAUACCUCUAUUUCCGCCUGCGUGAGUGCCCGGAAGAUACCUAUGAACCUCUAGAGAAUGAUAAUAUGCUAACAAAGUUUGAUGCUGUAGCCGAAACCAAGGGCAGAACAUACGCCGAGCUCGACAUUCUCUUUUUAUUCAGACCUAACGGUAUGACAUUCUUCUACCAGGCCAACAAAAUCAGCGCACGCAAAUUCGCCACUACCAAGAUCGAGACGCUCAUCGAUGGGACAGAACUGGCCCAGGCAGACAGCAUUCAGCGGGGAGAGACAGGCAUUGUUCCGACGGAAGAAAAGGAAAAGUGA